CACCUCGGGAGGCUGCCGGCAGGGAGGGAGGGAGGUCGAGGGGCAGACAGACAGACAGACGGACCCCGCGGGGCCUGUCAGGGCUCCGCAUGCCCCCGGGUCUCAGCGCGGCGCUUGGCGAUGCUGGGGCCCGUCCUGCGGCCUCGGUGACCCCCCCGGGCCGGUCCCCGCCCCCGCCGGGGAGCCCGGCUCCUUUCGGUGUUCCCUCUGCGGCCACGGGCUCUGCCCCAGCACCGGGGCCUCUCGGGUGCCGGGAGCUGCCGGGCGGGAACGGGAAGGCACCUUCUGGCUCUGCUGCUGGAGCGUGAUGCAGCCUCAGGAAAUGCUCAUUUAUGUUCCACUCCUAAUCCACCAUGUGUUUGUAGUUGGGAACUUAAUUCAUUCCGUUCUUUGUACCAAGUGAUGCAUUUAAUGCCCCGGUGACAGCCUUGGUCAGCCUGCGGGAAUGUAGUUAUGGGAGACCCUUUAAAAAGAUGUAUUUUAUUUGCAGUCGUCCUGACUUGUUUUCUCUGGUGGGGGGAAUGGGUUACAUUUGUAGCUGAAGAAACAAAUUGAUCUACAUGUGCUUCGCUGUCCAUUGGAAGAAUGACAGAUGACAAAGAUGUACUUCGAGAUGUGUGGUUUGGGAGAAUACCGACCUGUUUCACUCUGUAUCAGGAUGAGAUAACUGAAAGGGAAGCUGAACCCUACUAUUUGCUUUUGCCAAGGAUAAGCUACUUGACACUGGUAACAGACAAAGUGAAGAAACACUUUCAGAAAGUUGUGAGACAGGAGGAAAUUAGUGAAAUAUGGUUUGAAUACGAAGGUACACCACUGAAAUGGCAUUACCCAAUUGGUUUACUCUUUGAUCUCCAUGCAUCAAAUACAGCUCUUCCUUGGAGCAUCACAGUGCAUUUCAAGAAUUUUCCAGAAAAGGAUCUUCUACACUGCCAUUCUAAGGAUGUGAUUGAAGCUCAUUUUAUGGCUUGUAUAAAAGAAGCAGAUGCUUUAAAGCACAAAAGUCAAGUCAUCAAUGAAAUGCAAAAAAAGGAUCAUAAGCAAUUGUGGAUGGGACUACAGAAUGAUAAAUUUGAGCAGUUUUGGGCAAUAAAUCGAAAACUCAUGGAGUAUCCUCCAGAAGAUAAUGGAUUUCGAUACAUCCCAUUUAGAAUUUAUCAGGCAACAACAGAGAGACCUUUUAUACAGAAGCUAUUUCGACCAAUUGCUUCAGGAGGACAGUUACAUACUUUGGGAGACCUGCUAAAAGAUGUGUGUCCUAGUGCUAUCACCCCUGAAGAUGGAGAGCAGAAGACUCAAGUGAUGAUUCAUGGAAUUGAGCCAAUGCUGGAAACACCCAUUCAGUGGCUAAGUGAACAUAUGAGCUAUCCAGAUAAUUUUCUCCACAUUAGUAUCAUUCCCCGACCUACUGAUUGAAACUCAGCUAUGUUGCUAUGAGGAUCAUUCUCUGGAAGCUGGAAUUCUAAGGGCAUGUCAACUUCUUGCUUCUGUCAGUCUUGACAGAGACAGCCUGACCAGAAAAAAAGAAACCAACAAAAAGCCGAAACAAAACAAGAAGUCCUCACUGCUGUAAGCCAAACAGGAAGAGAGAUCCUAUCAUCAGAUAAGGGCAAUUGGGCUGAUCUUAUUUUGCAUCACUGCUGCGUUUGUUCACCGCUGUAAUUAAAUCAGUUGCGAUAUGAAAGAAUUUACAGGACUUCUGCAAGUCUGCUGUUUUCUUGUAAAAUAUAAUGAAGCUGAAACUGUCAGCCGAAGAGCAAAUGGAAAUAUUCCACUUGAUUGUAUUUCUGAUUAACAAAUAAACAGGGCUGUUUCCUAAAGAGGUAGUGUUUCAGCUUUGAGGGUGGAAACAUUGGUUUUAAUUUUCUAGAAAGUUAGACUCUGAGAGAUUUGGUUACCAAUAGCUUUUUGUAAAAGAUCAAAUUACUGUAAAUCCAUCUUUCCUUAAUGAGAAGUUCAUGUUUACAGUAUAUGUAUUGGUAUGCAAAUGAUCUUUUAACUUUGAUAACAAGCAGUGAGAGAUUUUAAAGUAAGCCCAUGAGCAUGUUUUGUCAGUUAAAAACAUGCACAACUUAAUAAUUACAAAUACUCUUGAUUUGUAUGCUGUCACUGAAUACUCCAGUGUGUUUAUUAUUCAAACCAGUUUUCAUAGACUAGCAACAAUGUAGGAUAAUUUGUCUCAGGAUUUGUCAUGGCAUUUCUUUGUGCUCAUCUAGUUUUUUUUUCUUUAAGAAUAUAUUUUCUUAAUUUACUUUAAGAAGUUUGUUUUUU